UUUAGUUUGCAUGAUUUUGAUUAUUUCUGUUGUAUUUUCUUUUGUGGCUGUGAUAUUGUUUGCUUUGCCCUGAAGACAUUGAUGCAUGUGAUCCCAACCCAUGUGUCAAUGAAGUGAACUGCACAAACCACUUAAUGAAUCCCGGUGAUGCUAAUUACACAUGUGUCUGCAUGCCUGGAUGGACAGGGAGAAAUUGCUCAGAAGAUAUUCGUGAAUGCAAUGCAAUGCCCUGCAAGAACAACGGAACAUGCGUGGAUGGCACAGACUAUUACGAGUGCUAUUGUCUUCAGGGCUUCAAUGGAGCAAAUUGUGAAAUCGAAGUGGCAGAACUUGCUAAUCCAGGAUAUUCCAAUGUCCUCUCCAUGGAACUUCAGCUUGUGUGGGAAUUCCCAGUUCAAGGCAAUGACGAUGACAUCAACUGCACAGCCAAAUACAGGAUUCCAGGCACCAAUGUGACAGAGGACAAAAAUGUGGGAAGUACAUCACCGGGUAUCGUGACGGUCUUGGAGCCCUACACCAUCUACGAGUUACAGCUGAUCUGUGUGAAUCUUGCUGGAAGCAGCGAGCCUCUUGACUUUCCACCCCAACGAACCCUAGCUGGAAGUAUGAACAUUAUCUUGCAUGUUUAUUCAUUCUUAUGUCACCCGAAAUGA